GUCAACGCCGCACGAGAUCUGUUCCGAGAUUUCAAAGGCCAAAUUCGCUUUUAAGUCAACGACCUACUCUUCACAAUUCACCAUUCUUUUCUCAAGAACUCAACAAUUCUUCUUCCCUCCUGUCAUCUCGCUCAAUCUGACUCUUGGCUCGUAGCCUGGUUUGAUGGGAAACAGGCUCGCUAGGCUAGCAAUCUGCUGCUCCGGCGGCGGCGGCCCACCCGCCGGCCGCCGCCACAAGGGUGCCACCGUCACUUGGGAUCCGUGCGACGAGGGGCUCGGCCACUCCUUCUGUUACGUGCGUCCCGACGCCGUCCCAGGCGGCUCUGGCCCCUGCUCUGUGGCGGGGGCGGCCGCCGCGGUCGCCUCCUCCAAGGUUUACAGCUCCGAGGAGACCACCAUGUUCCGGUCCAUCUCUGGCGCAGCGGUGAGCGCCAACGCCUCGACCCCACUCUCGACUGCCCUCCUCAGCGCUGCGCCCACCGCGGCGUCCGCCUUCGAGAGCUCCACCUCCUUCUCCUCCGUCGCGCUGCAGCCCGUUCCGCGUUUAUCUGGACCGCUCUCAGGCCCUCUUUCCGUUGCUGACCGCGGGUUUAUGUCUGGUCCAAUCGAGAGGGGAUUCUUGUCCGGCCCCCUCGAUCCCCGCUUCGCCGUCUUCUCCGGUCCCAUAGAGAAGCCUUUCCCCGUCUCCAGUGACCUCCGGCGUAGCGUCUCCCAUAGCCUCUCGAGGCCCUCCCGCCACGCUGCCGCGGCGCGCUCCCUCUUGCGCGAGCUCACCAAGGUGAUCUCCAAAACCAUCUCCAGCCCGGCACAUGGCCAGGGAUUCCUCGUCGCGGCCGUCAAGGGGCGCAAAGAUUCCACUUUGCUGGGCGGCGGAUCGAAGAGUACAACCCUCGACACGGCAGCGCAGUGGUCCGACACGCCUGAUUCUGUCGACGGCAACAUCCAAUGGGCGCAGGGGAAGGCAGGGGAGGAUCGCGUACACGUGGUCGUAUCGGAGGAGCACGGAUGGGUCUUCGUGGGCAUCUACGACGGCUUCAACGGCCCCGACGCCACCGAUUUCCUGCUCUCCAACCUCUACGCCACCAUCCACCGCGAGCUCAAGGGAUUGCUCUGGGACGAAAAAGGCGAAACCUUUCCCAGCGAGGAGCCUCUUAUCGACCAAAUCCCGCUUCCUCUCCCCGCCGGUUCAUCAAAUUCCACAUCCACAGUACAGAACGCCGCCGACCAGAGCCGCCGCCGAUGUAAGCGCGAGUUCGAUGUGGACUGCUCCGAUCUCGAACGGAGGCCGAAAGAACAACUGUACUCAGCGAACCACUCUCAAGUGCUGGAGGCGCUCCGCCGGGCACUGGAGAAAACAGAGGAUUCCUUCUUGGGCAUCGCCGACAAGAUGGUGGCCGACAACCCCGAACUGGCGCUCAUGGGCUCAUGCGUCCUUGUCAUGCUCAUGAAGGACGACAAUGUCUACCUCAUGAACGUCGGAGACAGCCGCGCUGUCUUGGCGCACAAGACAUGGCACGAGCACGGGAGGAUUAAUGAACUCCACAAGAAUUCGACUGCCUUGCAGCUUACUUCCGAUCAUAGCACCUCGAUCGAAGAGGAGGUUCAAAGAAUUAGGAAAGAGCACCCUGAUGAUGCUUCUGCGAUCUCUAACGGUCGGGUGAAGCGAACGUUGAAGGUAACGAGAGCCUUCGGAGCAGGUUUUCUGAAGCAACCAAAAUGGAACAAUGCUCUUUUAGAAAUGUUCAGAAUCGAAUAUGUCGGUAACUCACCCUACAUAACCUGCAACCCCUUCCUCCACCACCACAAGCUCAGCCCAAAAGAUAGAUUUUUGAUACUCUCCUCCGACGGGCUUUACCAAUACUUCACCAAUGAAGACGCUGUGGCUCAAGUCGAAACGUUCAUUGCCACAACUCCCGGAGGCGAUCCUGCCCAACACCUUGUUGAAGAAGCCCUCUUUCGUGCAGCUAAGAAAGCUGGCAUGAACUUUCAUGAAUUGUUUGAGAUCGAGCAAGGCGAUAGACGUCGGUACCACGAUGAUAUCUCCAUCAUUAUCAUCUCCUUGGAAGGGCAAAUUUGGCGAUCGUGCAUGUAAAUAGUAGGAAAAGGGUAGAAGAAGUGAAGAGAGGUUUACACAAAAAGAAGAGGGAAAUAAGUAGAAUUUAGUUUUACGGAGGCUCAUUGAUCCAUCUACGACGAGGAACUUUGGCAUCUCCAAAUGCUUGUUAAUAAUACAGUUAAAAGAUUCUUUAGUGUACUUAAUGUGAAAAUAUUGAUUAAAAAUAAAAUAAUGUGAAAAUAUGCGAGGACA